GUUCAAGAUCUCCAAGAUCAUUGUGGUGGGGGACCUCUCGGUGGGGAAGACCUGCCUGAUCAAUCGGUACCCCGGGACGCUGUGGUGCGGGGCGGGCAGCAACGCGGACGCCUACGAGCAGCUGGGUAAGGGCAGCAGCGCGGCUGCUCCUUGCCCCCCCAUCCCGUCCUUUCUCACCCCUUCCCAUCCCCACCUAUCCCAGUUGAAGGAGUGUCUGCAGCGAGUGAACGACACGGCCUCGCGGGUGGUGGGCCAGGCCUUCUUCAAUGUCAUCCAGGUGCCCUGCUUCGAGUUUGCCUACAAGGAGGAGUGCGUGGAACCCUACCUGUAUGUCUGGUGCAGGGCGUACAACACGGUGGCCAUCGCGGUGCCCAGGGAGCCGGUGCUGUACGACUUCGGGGGGGAACUCAUUGACCGGGCAGCAAGGCCUGGGGGGGUCCUGCUGAGCCCCCCGUGGAGCAGCACAGGCUGGGAGAAGCACAGUUGCUUCCACACCAGCACCAACUCCUUCAACAAGCCCCAGCAACUGCAGUGA